AAACAUUAUUUUGUGGUGUGUCCUUAAUGAAUAACUUGUCGAAUUACCUGAUGUAAAAAUGUAUAAAAAAACUCGUAACCUUAAUAGGUUACGAUUGCAUCCGUAAAAUUUGUUUACAUAACUAGAUUUAAAGUGAACGUCUUCACACUGUGUUUUUUUUUCCAAACAUUCAAAAUGGCAGGUUAUUUUAUUGUGGAUGUUAAAACUAGAAAAAUAAUAGCGAUAUGUACAGUAGUAGCUCUAGUAUUGUUCGCAAUUGGGAUAAUAAUUGGCUAUUUUUCCGGUCGCGGGACUAGUUCAAGCACUGUCACAACCUCUACGGGGACCGUUGCGGAAGCCAUAAAGUCCGAAUGUAGCGAGACGACAAUUAAAUCUGCGGCGGGGAAGUUGUUUCUUGAUCGUUACGUUGAGAAGCAUAGCGAGAAAAAUAUUUGUUUGAAGUCGGCGUCGGAAUGCUGGGAUUUUGGGUUGCCUAGGAACUAUAUAGCGUAUCAUCUAAAUGGGAAAUCUAUAACUAUAGAUGGCAAACUUGAUGACGAAGCUUGGAAUGAGGUGCCUUGGAGUGAGGACUUUGUAGACAUGCGCAGUACCGUUUAUCCUAAGCCAUAUCUUAACACGAAAUUCAAAAUGCGCUGGGACAAUGAACGCAUGUAUGUCGGCGCUUAUAUUGAAGAAACAAAUCUAUGGGCAACUCUUGACACGCAUGACUCACCCAUCUGGACUGAGAAUGGUUUCGAACUUUUGAUGGAUGUUGAUGGUACCAUGUUUAACUACAAACAGGUUCAAAUCAACACCCUCGGUACAAUGAUGGACCAAAUUCUGUACAAAUCCCCAUGGGACGCCGCUGUUAACGAGACUGUUCGUGAGAAAGUGUGGCACCCGGAUGCAAGGAAAGAAGUCUACACGGAAGGAACGAUUAAUACGCCGGGUGACGUAGAUAAAUACUGGAGUGUUGAGAUGUCAUUUUCGUUUAAAAAACUAGCAGAAAGAUCACUGCGUAAUCAGGAUGAGCCAAGAGAUAACGAAGUAUGGUUCUUACAAUUUGGAAGGUCUGAAAAAAAUCUUACUGUCGUUGACGGUAAAUACAAAGUAGUUCCGAAAUCUAAAACUGACUGGUGGUCAUGGGGACCCUGUGGGGCCAUCAAUCUUCAUUUACAGGACCGCUGGGGAUUAGUGCAGUUUAAAAAGAACGUAAAUGACAAGAUCUUCCAGUUUGAGAAAUGGCAUAUUUACAAAUCACUUUUUGACGUAAGAGACGCAAUGGAGAAAUACAAAGGUGAAAAUGGCAGAUACACCGACGCCAUUGAAGAACUCGAUGUUCCGCCAUAUUUGUUGUCACGUGUGUGUGUCGAAAUUCCAAAAGUUGAACUCGUUAGCAAGGACAUCUGGGGUACAGCCCAUGACUUUGAUGUUACAAUUAAAUCCAUGUUUAUAUCUCACAAACCGGCACAUAUACGCUCUGACAGAUAUGUUACAUUUGAAUGAAAGUUUGAGGGACCUCCUACAGAAAAAAGGGUGGCGUUUUUCCCUCUCUUAAUUUGCUGAAUUUCUUAUAUGAACUUUUCUAACCGCCUAUUAUCAAUUUUGGGAUAUCAAGAUUAAAGGGACUCCCUUGUGAUAUUUUUUGACAUUACGGGACUGACAAUAAUUGUUCGAGAUUAACGCGUCAUUUUAUGUAGGUCAAGACUCAAAGCUCCGUUUUUCCUCAAUAAUUAUUCUAAUUUUGAACUAUUGAAAAGCGUUGCAAUGCUUUUCACUCAAACCGGUUUGAGAAUAGUACAAAAUACGAUCUUUCAAAUUAUUUCUGAGAAUAGUUCUUAAUAAUUAUUUGUAUAUCGUUCAGUUUUAAUUUUCCUUUCUGAUCUAUGUAAAAAAAAUUCAAAUUUAAUGUCUUUAGGGUUUUGGACCUUAGUGGUGGAGUUCCUUUAAAACAGGAAACUAAAUUAGUUAGCAAACAGUAUUGAGACUGAUUGUAUUGCAAGGACGACAGGUUGACCUGACCAUAUACUCGGGGCAUAGGCUACUUUUUUUUAGUUACAGAAGGGUGAAGGUUUUAUUACUUCACUGUACAAACAACAACUCAAGGUAUCUAUGCAUCACACCGAACCGGAACGUUUCAAUCAUAACACAAACUUUUGCUUAGUAAAUGAAAUUUAGGAUUUCUCUAUGAAUGUUAAAAAACUCUCUAUGAAUGUUCUGGAUUUCUCUUUGAAAGUUAUGGAUUUCCCUGUGAUUGUUAAUGAUUUUUCUAUGAUUGUUACUGAUUUGUUUAUGAUUGUUAAUGCUUUUCUAUGAUUGUUAAUGAUUUUCUUUGAUUGUUAAUGGCUUUUCUAUUAUUAAGAAUGGUUUUUCUA